UGGACAUGGAGCAGUUUUCGACUCAUUAGGGGGAAACCAUGGCUCUCUAGCAAAAUAGGGUUUUCUGGCUCUUCCAACUUGGGCUAUCCGUUGUUCUCCCACUCUCCUGCUCGUCCCUCACCGCCAUGGAUAGUUACACAUCCGCUGCUGUCGACGGCCAUCUUCUCACUCCAGUCACCAGAAAACCCCCACUCCGUUCGUCAGCAGACCGUCAUGGCCCCAUAAGCAAACUAGGAGACGAUCUCCUCGUGGCGAUUCUGAUUCGCCUCCCGAACGCUAGAUCCGCCUUCCUGUGCAAAUCCGUCUGCAAGCGGUGGAGCUCCCUCAUCUCCACUUCGGCCGCAGUUUCGUUUAUCACCGUCAACAGAGCAGGAUCGACGACGGCGGCGAACAACCUCCUUUAACCUCACGCGACACUGAAUUCAUCUUGAGCUUUCUCCCAGUGCCUGAUGAGAUACGAUCCAAUUUCGUACUUUUGGGUUGCUUCAAGGAAUUCGUUUUAUGCGGCUUCGUGGACUCUGCUGCUGCAGGAGAUGAUUGUGAUGGCGAGAUGACGAGAUUGUUCUUCGUCUGUUCCUCUGGCGCCGAAAAGGUCGGUCGGGUAUCAUAACAAAUGUUUAGUCUGUGA